UGCUCUGGUAGUUGAUGAGACCUCUCGAGGGUAACACAACUAAAUCCUGAUAAUGGCGAAAGUGACCAAGAAAUCCGCUUCCGGAGCGGAUCUUUCUGCUUUUUCGAUGAAUACUCAAGCAGUUGCCAAGCCUGUCAUACCGAUAAAGACCAAGGCGGCCUACAAACUUUAUCCCCCAAGCAUUCUUAAUGGAACGGGCCUAAAGAACAACAAACGUAGGAAACGUGGCCUACAAAGGAGUUGCACCAGGAAGGAUUCUGAAGAAUUAACUCCACCCAUGGCAAAAAAAGGCAAAGAUUCACCACUAGUGGAGGAGUCGCAGCCUUUGGUGGAGCAACCUACAAAUCCUAUUGAGGAUCGACCCACUACCUGUGAAGCAAGCACCAUGACGGAUGCUGAAGAAGUAACUCCACCCUUGCUGAAGAGAGGCAAAGAUUCACCACCAGUGGAGGAGCCACAGCCUCUGGUGGACCAAACUGCAAAACCUGCUGAAGAUCGACCCACUACCUGUGAAGCAAGCACCAUGACGGAUGCUGAAGAACUAACUACAGCUGUGCCAAAGAAAGGCAAAGAUCCUGCAUUGACGGAGGAGCCACAGCCUCUGGUGGACCAACCUGCAAAGCCUGCUGAGGAUCGACCCACUACUUCUGAAGCAAGCACCAUGACGGAUUCGGAAGAAGUAACUCCGCCCAUGACAAAGAAAGGUGAAGAUUCACCAUUGAUGGAGAAGCCACAGCCUAUGUUGGAACAAACUGCAAAGCCUGCUGAGGAUCAACCCAGUACCUCUGAAGCAAGCUCCUCAACUGAUGCUGAGGAAGUAACUCCACCUUUUCAGAAGAAAGGCAAUGAUUCACCAUUGAUAGAGCAGCGACAGCCUCUGGUGGAACAACCUGCAAAGCCAGCUGAACAUCAACACUCAAAGCCUGCUGAGGAUCAACCCAGGCCCUCUGAGGCAAGCUCCAUGAGUCUCAAGGUGAAUAGCCAAUAGAUGGCUAUCUUGAAGAUGGGAAAUUCCCAUUCCUAUAAACAAUAGAAUUCAAAAUUAUAUUUUUAAAAAUAAAUGCAUUCAAAUUUGAAAAUUUA